ACAGUCCAGCAACAGUUGUCAUGACGUCCUUGAGGGACGGGCGCACGCGGCGCACUUAUAAGACGGCACCGGUCUCCACCGCAUUUUACUCGCGUCUGCCUGGAUUUUACGCACGCAUGAAGAAGCCCAGCGUCGGUCGGCGACUUCAGCGGAGACUAUACGAAGCUCUGGGACAUUCGUAUUCUUGUAUUCUCUUUCAGAACCCGAGCAUUACCAAAAGCGCCACCAAAAUGACGGGCUCCGAGAUCUCCCACGUCCUGAAGGAAGGCGAGCUGGAGAAGAGGAGCGACAACCUCCUCCAGCUCUGGAAGAGGAAGACCUGCGUCCUCACCACGGACAGCCUGAACAUCUACGCGGACAACCAGAAGAAGAACAAGAGCAAAGAGCUCAAGCUGCAGUCCAUCAAGAAGGUGGACUGUGUGGAGCGCACUGGGAAGUUCGUGUACUUCACGAUCGUUACUACAGACAAUAAGGAGAUUGACUUCAGGUGCCCGGGCGAGGAGAACUGCUGGAAUGCCGUGAUCACAAUGGCUCUGAUUGACUUUCAGAACAGAAAAGCCAUUCAGGACUUUAAAACACAACAGGAAUCGGAGAACACUUCUCUGGGACAGCAGGAGAGAUGCAAGGCUAGAGCACCUUGAGAUGUUUCCGAUCCAAGCCAUACAUGAGAUACAGCGAACUGAAUCUUGAAGCUUGGACCAAAGCAUGUCGGCAUGACUGAAAGGAGCCCAUGUGCUCAGAGUCUGGACUGUCGUUGAGCUGGUCCGUGAAGGUCUUCGGAAUAAACCUGCAAUGAUUUCAACAAGCAAAACCCUCAGAAACCCUCAAGACUGAAUCCUUGAACUUUCUUAAGCGCCUCCAUAAGGCUUCGGAUAUGUACAUGUAAAUGUAUCUAUUUAUUUUUUACACAAAGGAAUGCUGCAAAUACCAAUGUCGUAUUAAGUUAUUUCAUGAUGUAUGUAUUUAUUUAAAUAAAUGUGCAUAAAACCGA